AUGAAUACAGUGUCGUGCUCUCUGGAUCAAAAACUUCUCUAUUCUACCAUCGUUAAAGUGAAAGCAGAUGGUGAGAAAAUAGAUGAUAAACUUAAACGUAUUACCUGGAUCGGUAUAGGGGAGCAGGGCGACGAGACUGCGACGAGGAGAUUCGACAUGGAGGCUUUGAGAGAAGUGAUUUUCUCUUCAGGUGAUGAGCAGCUCAUAGAGGAGCUCUCCAAAGGAGGCAUAACCGCCCGACGCUACCCACCUGAGAGGAUAAAAAGUGCGAACGGCCGUGAUCGUAUCAUCAAGAUCGAGUUACCCUCACAGGCUCUACGGGACAAACUACUGCACCACAUGCGUGAAGAAAAGGAGGGGCUCGGAGGCUUUUGUGAAGAUGUGAGUUAUCUGACAGGAUAG